AUGGGGGAAUUACCAGACCCUACGGCCGACCUCGAUUGGUCAGGCUAUGUCGGAUCAAUCCAAGAGAUAUUCGAGCGAAAUGCGAAAAGCCACCCUGACCGCACAUGCGUCGUCGAAACAGCUUCCUCCGAAGGCCCCGAGCGUCGUUUUACGUAUAAACAGAUUUAUGAAGCUUCUAACACAUUGGCGCAUUAUCUACACGACGCGGGGAUCACAAACGACGAUGUCGUUAUGAUUUUUGCCCAUCGGUCAGUGGACUUGGUGGUCGCUAUCAUGGGAACCCUAUCGUCGGCGGCAACCUUUACUGUACUUGAUCCAGCAUAUCCGCCAGCGAGACAGAAGAUUUAUUUAGAGGUGGCUCAGCCCAGCGCUUUGAUCAACAUCGGUAGGGCUACGGAUGAAGCCGGCCCCCUCGCCCCAAUUGUUCGUCGCUAUAUCAACGACGAUCUCCAACUAAAAGCCGAAGUGCCCUCCCUGCGUAUCCGCGAUGAUGGCAUAUUGUCUGGAGGAGAGGUAGAUGGACAAGAUGUUUUUGCUGCCGCCAGCUCAAAGGCUUCUACGCGUCCGGAUGCUGUAGUCGGACCAGAUAGCAACCCUACGUUAUCGUUCACAUCUGGUUCUGAAGGACGACCCAAGGGUGUUCUAGGUCGCCAUUACAGUCUUUGCAGAUAUUUUGCAUGGAUGGCGGACCGAUUUCAGUUGAGCUCUGAAAGCAAAUUCACUAUGCUUAGUGGAAUUGCACACGAUCCAAUUCAACGUGAUGUCUUUACUCCCCUAUUCCUGGGUGCUCAAUUAUUGGUGCCCUCACGAACCGACAUUGCCCACGAAAGACUCGCUGAAUGGAUGGCUAAAUACACACCCACAGUCACCCACCUGACUCCUGCCAUGGGUCAAAUCCUCGUAGGCGGAGCUAGUACUUCUUUCCCAAGCCUCAAAAGCGCUUUCUUUGUCGGGGACGUCCUUACCAUCAGAGAUUGCAAAGCUCUACGGGAGCUGGCCGAAAACGUCAAUAUCAUCAAUAUGUACGGAACAACCGAAACUCAACGCUCUGUGAGUUAUUAUCUCCUCAAGAGCAGAGCAGAAGAUCCUCACGCUAUGGAUCACCUCAAAGACACUGUUCCAGCAGGACGAGGAAUGGAAAACGUUCAACUUCUUGUCGUCAACAGGGAAGAUCGGACAAAGCUUUGUGGUGUCGGCGAGACUGGAGAAAUUUAUGUCCGUGCAGCAGGUCUGGCGGAAGGAUAUAGAGGCGACCAGGCGCUGAACGAACAGAAAUUUGUCACAAACUGGUUCGUUGACAACAACAGCUGGGUUGAAGCAGACAAGAAAAAUAGCAAGGGCGAGAACUGGAGACAGUAUUACAAAGGUCCCCGCGAUCGGCUAUAUAGGACCGGUGAUCUUGGUCGCUACUUGGAAUCGGGAGAUGUCGAAUGUACCGGCAGGGCUGACGAUCAAGUCAAGAUUCGUGGCUUUCGCAUUGAACUUAACGACAUCGACAGCAAUCUAAGCCAGAACCAGCUAAUCCGGGACUGCAAAACUCUUGUCCGACGAGACAAGAACGAGGAACCGACCUUAGUCAGCUACAUUGUCCCUGAAACUAAAAGUUGGCCGCAAUGGCUCCAAGCACGUGGAUUAGAAGAAGUUGAGGACGAUGGCACGGACUUUGGUGUCACCAAGGUUUACCUGAAAAAGUUCCGGGCAAUGCAGACUGAAGUUCGUGAGCACUUGAAAGGUCGCUUACCCAGUUAUGCCGUCCCGAGUUUAUAUAUCUUUUUGAAAGCGCUGCCUCUCAACCCGAAUGGCAAAGUCGAUAAACCUAACCUCCCUUUCCCCGAUAUUGCCGAGCAAACAGAGGCAGCAUCAGAAGAGGAUGUAAAGAGAUGGCAGUCAAUGACAGAUACUGAGCGAACUAUUGCGACCAAUUGGUCCGGCCUUAUUCGUGGAUUGAACGAGCAGAGCAUCGCGCUGGACAAUGAUUUUUUCACGCUCGGUGGUCACAGUUUACUAGCACAGCAAAUGUUGCUGGAUAUCCGCAAGGCAACCAGAGCUAAUGUCUCCAUCAAUACGCUUUACGAACAUCCUACUCUAAGUGGAUUCAGUGCACAAGUUGACAAGCAACUGAGUGGAGGCGAUGGCCAAGCAGACAGCGAUGAGGAUCCUGCAUAUGCCAAAUCUUUAGAUGAGCUUUUGACACAGCUUCCAGCCAAAUUUCAGACUGCAGAUCCCUCCACAAUCCGUGCCUCCGCUCAGCCAACUGUGUUCAUUACCGGUGCCACUGGCUUCUUGGGUGGAUUUAUGAUUAAAGAUAUCCUGGAGCGAUCGAGCCGACAACUACGUGUUAUCGCCCAUGUUCGUGCUACUGAUUCGGAAGCUGGUUUGGAGCGCCUCACUCGCUCUCUCAAGGCUUACGGUCUAUGGCGUGAUGACUGGAAAACACGAUUGAGUUGCAUUGCUGGAGAUCUUGCCAAACCACAGCUUGGAAUGAGCAAUGACGACUGGCAAAGACUAGCUCAAGAAGUGUCCAUAAUAAUCGCAAACGGUGCAACAGUGCACUGGGUCAAACGCUACCAAGACAUGAUGGCAGCUAACGUGCUUUCUACGGUAGAAGCUAUGAAUCUCGCCAAUAUUGGAAAACCAAAAAUCUUCACUUUUGUCUCAUCCACUAGUGUCCUUGAUACAGACCAUUAUAUUUCUCUUUCGGAGAAACAACUCAGCACCGGUGAAGGCGCUAUUUCUGAAGACGAUGAUCUACUAGGUAGUCGACGUAAUCUAGGCACUGGAUACGGGCAAACAAAGUGGGUUUCAGAACAAUUGGUCAGAGAAGCUGGCAGAAGAGGACUCCGAGGCUCUGUUAUCCGCCCUGGGUACAUUCUUGGAUCCUCUGAAACCGGUGCUUGCAAUACCGACGACUUCCUGAUUCGCUUUUUGAAAGGAUCAAUCCAACUUCGUUCGCGUCCGCGAAUUAUUAACACUGUGAAUUCGGUACCAGUUGACCAUGUUGCUCGUGUCGUUGUCGCUGCAGCGCUUAACCCCCUCGAUGGCGUAAGAGUUGUUCAUGUCACCGGUCAUCCCAGGCUGCGCAUGAACGAAUAUCUUUCCAUGCUUGAGUAUUAUGGAUAUGAAGUUCCUGAGGUUAGCUACGAGGCCUGGAAACAGGAGCUUGAGCGAUAUGUUUCUGCUGGUGGACAGGAAAAAGAUCAGGAGCAACACGCCCUGAUGCCGCUUUUCCAUUUCUGCAUUAACGACCUCCCUGGAAACACCAAAGCUCCUGAACUCGACGAUCAGAAUGCAGUUAAGAUUCUCAAAGCCGACGCCCACCACUGGACAGGUCUUGAUGAGAGCGCUGGCUAUGGUAUUAGCCGCCAGGAUGUCGGUCGAUACCUGCGGUACUUGGCAGAGACUGGAUUCAUCAGCUGGCCGACAGGAAGGGGAAGACCGCUGCCAGAGGUUAAGUUGACGCAAGAGCAGCUACAAGCUGUAGGGGCUGUGGGUGGCCGUGGUGGCGUUUCGAGUUGA